AUGAAGAAUAGAAUCUCCAAGGAUGGCUCUUAUUAUAGCAGAGAGAAUAACAAGGGAUCAGACCCAAUCAAGAACAAGAAGUUUAUGAUUAUGCAGACGAAGAAGAAAAACAUGAAGAGGUUGGGUGGUGGAGGUCUUUCCCUCGAUUCCUUCGUUAAUGCAAAAACAAAGAACGACAACUACAACCCUGCCUUUAUCAAGAAGCAAAGAGAGUUCUAUAAGAAUGCCAAAUAUGUGCGCAAGUAUAAGAAAUCACUGCAGCAUCAACCCGGACAGGAUGAUUCUUCCUUGGCUACAAGACCGCUACAGGAUGAAAAUGAAAAUGGAGAAGCUGGAAAGAUGAAUCAGACACACAAGAAGAACCAGAAGAAUAGUUCUUGCAGUCUGAACGAACUGUAUGAGAAGAAGCAGGUUGAAGAUGAGAAGGCAAGGAUUGAGAGGGAGGCAAUAAAUCGAACAAAAGAGGAAGAAAGGGAAAGAGCCUUAUCUCGAAGAAAAGUUUUAAGAGAGAAAAUGCUCAAGAAAACGAAGUUUGGUCAGCCUGUCAUGAAGCACAGAAUUGAGCUUCUUUUGGAGACGCUUCAAGGUUCAGCAACUUAG